UCCUGUGCGGUUACCUUUUGUGGUACGUAGUGACGGUUUAAAUAAAAUGCGAAUGUAAUAGACGGACAACGAGGACAAAUACGGAAAAGGCGAGUGAUGCGUAGCGAUAACGACUACAUUCGUCGACUGCUCGACAAAGCGUAGUAACGAGGCAAAGUAAUACUUUUAUUACAUCCUGCUGUCGUUGGAAUGGAAGUGCGGUCGCUUAAUGUAAAAACAUAAAUCCUAAUCCAGAAAGAAGUAUAAAAAAGCAACAAAAAAGUAAUUUUUGGAAAGUUUUAGUAAAGUGAAAUUUUUCUUGUGAACGCGCACAUUUGUUGAGCACUAUGAAUUGACUUUAUUAAUAUGAGAAGUUUACGUAUACAUAUAGAAAAAGAUAUAAUAAAAAACUGUUAAAUAUACAGAAAGUGGAAAAGCAUAAUUCAAGUAAUAUUUCAUAUUUCGCUCUUGCUUACUCACCCGGUUAGUAGGUCCCGAAAGUACGGUUCCCGACAGAUUAGAACGUAUAAAUUAUGAAUGAAAAUAGUGAAAGAAAGAAUAACAAAAAUAACGUUCAUAACGUUAAGUGCGUGACAACAAAUAAUUUGUUAUUGCCUUGCAGUAAUGGCGGCAGCGACGGCGACUUCGACUAAGCCGACUACGGCAGAGACAGCGUUGACGGUGACGGUCGUUACAAUUGCGGUGGUUACGAGCACGUCGAUCAGGUCGACAUUCUUGAUGGCGUCUGUGGCGGCAGCGAUAGCCGUUUAAAACCAAACUGCUAACAGUCAGUCAACCAGCCAACCAACCAACUUAACCGAACAACUUAACAACAAAACAACUAAAUACAUAGCUGACCAACUAACUGUCGAAUCGAGCAAACUGCGUAUGCGGUUAUCGUGCGCUCGUUUAUGAAUUGUUGCUUCGAAAUGUUGAUAGUUGGCGCUGGAAAUGUGCAUGUCUGUGUAGUUGGCAGCCUGUGUUUGCCAUUUGAGUUGUAGUUUGGCACGAUUUUCUGGUACCAGUGCGAGUAGUUGGUAGACGUUAAUCAUCUAAGAGCACAUUUACGUGUACGUGCGUGUGUGCGUGUGAGAGCAAUUAGCGCAAAGGAGCUUACAUUAAAUUUAAAAAUAAUCAAAUUUUAUGGCACUAAUUAUACAAAAUUUCAUUGUGAAAGCAAACUAUUUCUAAAUCUGACUAAUACGAACGGCGUAAUUAUGUAAGUGGCCAUUGUUGAAUUGCAACAACCAGCAAUGAAGAGAAAAUAUUCGGUGUAAGCCAAACUUUUGAUCAAAUAUACAAACAAAACUGCCGGAAAAUUUGAGCAAUAAGCAUUCUCGGAAAAUGCACAAAGAAAUGUUUAACUGAUUUUUACACAGAUAUCUGCAAGCAUAUAUGUAUAUGCUGUACAUGUACACAUCCAGUUAACAACAGCAUUGGUAGAUUCAGGAAAAACGCAUGAAAAUUGAGAGCGAACUCUGUUAAAGGGGGGCAUACCCACAGCACUGCUACGCAUACAUACAUAAUUUUGUUUACCUGAUUUUCAACGGGAAAUACGGGUAUACGAGCAUACGAGGAACGUAAAUUAAAUGUGUAACCACAAAGAGUAACGUGCAAUCGUGUGUGCGUGCGUGUACGUGAGAGCAGUCAAAGAAAAACAGUAAUUGUUUUUUUUUUUUUUUUUUAAUUUUUCAAGUGAAUACGAUAUUUGCAUUCGUUUAGUUCGGAGCUGUGUAUUGUGAAUGAAAUAAAAUUUAAGAAAACAAAAAACAACGUUAACGCUCAUUCUGCCAAUACUCAUGGCAAAAAUAAAAGUCUACAGUGUUGCCGACCUUUUAGACGGUCGCCGUGACAGCUGCAUAUCCAUGGGCGCGCUGGCCGCUUUGGCAUUCAAAUGGAUAUUUCUAUGUUCCUGUUUUACAAUAUUUGAUAUCAGCUUCAGUUUAUCGAUGACGGAAGUGCGUAUACCGAAGCAUAUCAUGCGGCAUGAGGAUGCUGUGCUGGGUUGCAAAUACGAUUUGGAUGGCGAAUCACUAUACUCAGUUAAGUGGUAUAAAGACGGUUUUGAAUUUUAUCGCUACGUACCGCGGGAUAUGCCACCUGGACAGGUGUUUCCACUACCGGGUGUUGAUGUUGAUCUUCUCAACUCCACAGACAAUGUAGUGGUGCUGCGUCGUGUAACGUUGCAAUCAACUGGCCGUUAUCGUUGUGAGGUAUCGGGAGAAGCCCCGUCUUUUCAAACAGUGUCGGGGCAUGAGGACAUGAUUGUUGUGGUUACACCAAAGCAUGGACCGCAAAUAACCGGCGGUCAGCCUCGAUACCAAAUUGACGACAUUGUGCGCGUGAACUGCACGUCGGCGCCAUCCAAGCCUGUGUGUCAUCUCAGUUGGUUAAUUAAUGGCGUACAUGUGAAUCGUACAUAUCUGCGGCCAUACGACCCAAUCAUUGUCGGGCGUGAGGGUUUGGAAAUGGCGCGACUGGGAUUGGAAUUUCGAGUGCGUAAACGAUUUUUCAAACACGGCGACAUGAAGUUGAAGUGUGUGGCCAAAAUAUCGUCGGUUUAUUGGCAGAGCAAUGAAGAGAGUGUAGCAAAUGAAAAGCAUCAGAAGAUACCGGUGCUUGAAUCGCGUGAAACCGUUGUAGCAAAAUCAAGAUUGCGCGACAAAACAUUAGAAGAUAAUCAACUUAAAGAUGCCAGCACCUCAUCAGCAGCCACAUCAACAGCCACGACGUUCAUUCCAUUAGCCGCUCAAUAUUCGAUACUUCUGCAAUUCACGCCAACGCUACUCCUACUCUCGCUGCCGUCUUUAGCAGCUGCUCUGCCACUGUUAAUAACAUUUCUGUGUCAAUAUUGCCAAUUUAAUAUUAGUAUGCGUCGACGAGGCUAUCGAUUGCUGGCGUGUCAUGAUCACUGCAGCUAUUGGAGGUGGUGGAGACACAAGUUUUACUCGGUUGGCAGAUGACAAUUAGCUUUGACAUAUUAAAUGUGAUGGCCGUUGCAACAGCAACAACAGCAACAGCAGCAGUAGCAGUAGCAGUAGCAGGAGCAGCAACAGCAAUGGCAAUGGCAACGGCAACAGUAAAAGCAAUGAAAGUUCUCAGCUGUUGUCAGUCUACUCGUGCAUACAUAAAUUGUUGAGGACUAAUUCUAUUCGCGUUUUUCGUUGCGAAUCAUUUAAUUUUUGAUUAGAUCAUCUCUAAUUGUACUGAAUUGCAAAUGCUAUAAGUGUUUGCCAUUUCAAUGGCAAUGUAAAAACCAAGUAAAGAUAGUUUUAAAAUAUAAUAAUAAUAAUUUAAGUAGAAAAUAAAAUAAUGUUAAAGAUAAAAGAUGUAACCUAAUUUUUAUAUAAUAAGCAUUUUUAAUUUUUAAUUUUUUUUUGGAUUUCCAAGU